AUGGACGCCAGAUGGAUGAACGGAAGUGCUGAGGUUGUCAAGACGCCGUUCGCCAGCAGAGCGACCAUCGUAGGGCUCUCCAGAUUAUUGGAGAAGGUGGGGGUAGUGCAAGCGGAAACGUCCGGACAGGGUGCGUCAAUAAUGGCCGAGGAAGGCUCAGGGGAGUGGAGCAGGAGUGGGAGCGGGAGUGGGAGCUGGUCUGAAGCGGGGUCUGAUGCCGGGGACUCGAGCGGGGCUCCGGGAGAAUGGCUGGGGGCUGAUGUUGCCGUCAAAGAGAAUGACGAUCAGGUGUCUAAGCUAGAGAUCUCUGCCGCUGAGGUCCUUGUUGCGUCGACUUUCCAACACGAGAACAUCGUCCGGCCAUUCGCGGUCUCUCUAAGUGGUCCUCGGUCUCUUCUAGCCUUCUUUCAUUACUACAACCAGGGCUCGCUGGAGUGA